AGCCGCACACGUGGGAACUGGGGAAGAGGAGGAGGAGGAGGAGGGGGGAAGAGGCCGGCCUGGUCCCCGCUUUCCGCCUCCUUCCUGGGGUCUCCCUCCGGGAUCAUGGGCAAAAGCAAGGCCAGGCGGUUCCGGCAGGCUCCCUACAGCCCCGCGGUGGGGAAGAUGGGCCAGGAGAAGGACCAGGAGAAGGAGGAAGGAGAGGAGGAGGAAGGCGGGUCCCCAGCCGAGGAGCUCCUGGAGAAACUGCAGCACCCCAGCGCUGACGUUCGGGAAUUUGCUUGCGCCAGCAUUUCCAAGCUCUUGCAGCAGAAACAGACAAUUCCGGCUUUUGUGCAGAGGGACGUGGUCCGGUGUUUGGGGCCCAUGCUGCUCGAUCAGAGCCUGGCAGUUCGAGAGACAGCAACGGGAGCGCUUCGAUGCUGGUCGCAGUGUCGGGCAGGCCUUGAGGAAAGCAACGGCUCACUAAAGGAUGCCAAAGACUCCAACAAGAACUAUGUUGAAGACAUUGCUUACGAGGCGGUGAACCUGCUCUGGAAUGUCUGCGAGUGCAACAGCACAGCAGUAUCUAUCUUCAACAAAGAAGGCUGCUUGCCUAUUUUGCUGCAGUAUCUGAAGAGGUUUCAUGCCAAUGUGGGCCUGGCCAUUGCGGCAGCAUCCUGUUUGCAAGCAGUGACAGAAGAUAACCCUGACCUCCUUGCGUCCUUUGACGCUUCGGCACAACAGGUCCUGGAAGCGGUCAUGGUAUCUUCUGAAAAAACCAUGGAGCACAUUCUCUUACAGACGCUGGUGGCAGGUGUCACUUGGAAUAUAAAGAACACCCUCCCUUCCGGUAGCCAAGCCGGUUCCAUCAAUGCCAUCCUGAAAAUCUUCUCCGAAUGCCUAGCCAUAGACGCUGGGGAGACUGUCCUCAAGAUGAAGGAGGUAGAAACGGAGAGGUUGAAAAGCUCCGCCGAGUCACAACCGGAGGGAAAUGUGGCGGAGGUGGACAACACAGUCCUUAAAGAAGACGAAGAGAUGGAGGAAGGGCCAAAAGAAGCAGUCAAGAGGCAAAACGAUGUCUCGGAUCUGCUUCCAUGCAACACACAGGAGGUGAAGCAAGUAGCAGCUUUACUUCUGGCUCAGCAGACAGCCCUGGAAAUCAUUGUCAAUAUGUGCUGCAAUGAGGAUCCUUCCGAUGAUGAGUGGGAAGAGUUAUCCAGCAGCGACGAGAGUGAUAAUUUCAUGGAGAACAGCUACGAAGAAGGGGAGAAGUUGCUGUCCCCCUUGUGCCUUUCGGCCGAGGUUCACACAGCCCUCAUGAACCACCUUGUGCCCAAGAAGAUACUCGAGAAAACAGCUUUCCCCAGCAGCGCUGCAGUUGAGAUCUGUACCCAAAGCCCGGCUUGGAAGCCGCUGAUUAAAAAAUUGAACAUGGUUCAAUACAGAGCUCUGACCUGCCUUCAUAGCAUCCUGUUAGUGUCCGAUGUGGAUUGUCUUGGAGGCGCAUCCGUGCUUCAGUCCCUCUCGCACCACCUCUCCCAGUUAAUAUUUUCUCAACCAGAAUUUUCAAAAGAAGUGGAGUUUCUGGAAGCUGUCACGAGUGCUUUGCGGGCGCUCCUGCAAAUGCUGGCAUCGAAUAAUAUCUCUCAGAGCAUGACUCCCGAGCAGCUGAUGACUUUAUGUGAAGCUGGCAUUCACAGUAGCAACAUCAGUGUCCGUGUGAACGUCGUGAGCAUUUUGGGAAUAGCUGGCAGUGUCCUGGCAAAAGUGGAAAGCACUGCAGAAACACUAAAGAUGAUCGGGAAAUUCCUCCUUGACGUUGUGACCAAGGAUCCGUCCCUCGUGGUUGUCGGAGAAGCUCUGGAUGCCCUUUUCGACGUUUUUGCCGACGGCAAAGAAGCGGAAAGGGCAGCGGAACAAAUAAGGCUGCUUCAUGUCCUUAAGGAAUUCCAACCCGUUUUCAAAUCGCGAAUCCGGAAAGAAGGAAAAGGACAAUACAGCACGGAUCAGUUAUGCGUCCUUGACAAUGUGAAGCUGAAUUUAAGACGAUUCAUUGCUUAUCAGGAAACGGUGGAGAAGAAAAAAUAACUUUUGGAGUAGUCUAAAGAAUGUAAAGCUAUAUUUUUUUUGUAUUGUUUCUGAUAUAUUUUUAAUCCGGAAUUAUAUAGCACCUUUCAGUGGCUGGUGGUGGGGUGGUCUGUUUGCUUUGGGUGAUGGAUUCGUGACAGAUAAAAAGUGGGAUUGGAAAUUUAAAAAAGAUUGAUUUGGUGUCAAUAAAUGGGAGACUGGUGCCUUCGCUCCAGGACUGAAACCUUUUUUGAAUUCAUGCAUCAUACAUUAAGAACCAGUGUCAGAUCUAGUGAUUGACCUGCCUAAUAUGGAAUGAAUAUUUUAUUUUUGUGGAUGACAGUGUCAUUUCUCUCUGUUGAUUCCCUGUCAAAGAUGUAGUCUUCCAGARCUUCUGUACAUGAUUUGGAAAAUGAGAGCAUUUUUAUGGACMGUUGCAUUAUUUCAUGACAACUUCUCAGUUGGUUUCUAAUCCUAAUACAUUUAGGCUUGUACUAACCCUAAUUAUUCACCUUGGUUCAUGCAAGCUGGAGUUUGGGUAUGCAUUUACACUGGAGAAUGAAUGCAGUUUGACACCACUUUAAUUGUCAUUGCUAUAGAAUGAUGGGAGUUGUAGUUUGGUGAAGCACCGGCACUCUUUGGCKGAGAAGACCUUGUAAAACUACAUCUCUCAGGAUGCCAUCACAUUGAAUUAUAGSAGUUCAAGUGGUGCCAGAUGCUGAGUGAGUGGGRUUAUUAACAAAAGACCCUCCUACACCAGUAGCGCAAAGUGAUAAAAAGAACAAAAACACACAAACCAAUGUUAUCUCUUCCUUAGGAGGCUUUUCUCUAUAGCAAAAUAAUGUGGUUGCACUAUUUACAAGACCAAGGUUUCCAUAACACAAAUAAAAUUCUUUAGACUUCCUUCUUUGCUUCCACGCUGGCCUUCUUUCUUAUGCAGAUAAACAUAUUCGCUCUCACAGAGCCUCUUCUCACAGCAAAGUUACACAGGAGCUUCACACAGUAGCUGUUUACACACAGCAACCUACACACAAGACCAAGAUUUCCAUAACAUAAAUAAAAUUCUUUAGACUUCCUUCUUUGCUUCCAUGCUGGCCUUCUUUCUUAUGCAUAUAAACAUAUUCGCUCUCACAGAGCCUCUUCUCACACCAGAGUUACACAGGAACUUCACACAGUAGGUGUUUACACACAGCAACCUACACACAUGAUGGCCUUCAACCUAGGUCUUCUUUCACUGAAUCUUCUCAUAUCGAAGCCUACUAACACUGAGGCCUACCUCACACUGAAGCGUUUCUCCCACUGAGGCCUUCUCAUAUUGAGGGCUCUCUCAAAUAAUGUUGUUGCACUAUUUACAAGACCAAGGUUUCCAUAACACAAAAUUCUUUAGACUUCCUUCUUUGCUUCCACGCUGGGCUUCUUUCUCAUGCAGAUCAACAUAUUCACUCUCACAGAGCCUCUUCUGACACCAGAGUUACACAGGAAUUUCACACAGUAGCUGUUUACACACAGCAACCUACACAUAUGAUGGCCUUCAACCCAGGUCUUCUUUCACUGAAUCUUCUCACAUCAAAGCCUACUAACACUGAGGCCUACCUCACACUGAAGCCCUUCUCACAUUGAGGGCUCUCUCAAAUAAUGUGGUUGCACUAUUUACAAGACCAAGGUUUCCAUAACACAAAUAAAAUUCUUUAGACUUCCUUCUUUGCUCCCACACUGGCCUUCUUUCUUAUGCAGAUCAACAUCUUCGCUCUCACAGAGUCUCUUCUCACAGCAAAGUUACACAGGAGCUUCACACAGUAGCUGUUUACACACAGCAGCCUACACAUAUGAUGGCCUUCAACCUAGGUCUUCUUUCACUGAAUCUUCCCACAUCAAAGCCUACUAACACUGAAGCCUUUCUCCCACUGAUGCCUUCUCACAUUGAGGGCUCUCUCAAAUAAUGUGUUUGCACUAUUUACAAGACCAAGGUUUCCAUAACACAAAUAAAGUUCUUUAUACUUCCUUCUUUGCUUCCACACUGGCCUUCUUACUUAUGCAGAUAAACAUUCGCUCUCACAGAGCCUCUUCUCACACCAAGGUUACACAGGAGCUUCACACAGUAGCUGUUUACACACAACAACCUACACACAUGAUGGCCUUCAACCUAGGUCUUCUUUCACCGAAUCUUCUCACAUCGAAACCUACUAACACUGAGGCCUACCUCACACUGAAGCCUUCCACUGAGGCCUCCUCACACUGAGGGCUCUCUCAAACUGAGGCUUCGUUCUCACUGAGCUUCCACUCACACUGAACUUACAUAGGAGCUUCACACAGUAGCCUUUUACACACAGCAGCCUUCACACUGGAGCUUUACACRCGAGGCCUUCAACCUGGGGCUUCUCUCACCAAAACCUUCUCAAACCAGGCCUCUCACACACUAGGCCUUCUAACACUGAGGCCUUUCUCUCAUUGAGGCCUUCUCACACUGAGGGCUGUCUCAGACUGACACUUCUCAUAUACUGAGGUGAACUAACAUUGARGCCUAUUCAUACUGAAGCCUAUUAACACACUGAGGYCUUCUCACACUGAGGGCUCUCUCAGACUGACACUUCUCAUAUACUGAGGUGAACUAACACUGAGGCCUAUUCAUACUGAAGCCUAUUAACACACYGAGGCCUUCUCACACUGAGGGCUCUCUCAGACUGACACUUCUCAUUGACUGAGGUGAAUUAACCCUUUCAGUUCUUGACKCACAUUUUUGUAAUUUAAAAUACCUAAUUAAUUUUUWAAAAAUAUUUCUGACACCAGACUGCAUUAAUUCUUCAAUGUAGAUGUAAACAGAUGGCAGCAAACUAACUCAACCUUCCCAUUGAUGCCAAUCAUGGCUGUAAAUGAAAGCAACCUAAGGUUACCGACACUGUCAUUGUGGUUAGAUCUAGAAAUGAUUUGCAUCCUGAAUAUUUAAUCAUAGACAUUAAACGGGMAAUCAUUGUAAUGAUUUAUAAUGGGGAAGAAAGGGAAAGCUGAUUUGGGGUGGGAUUUAUCAUCACUGAARGGCGAGCCGGAAUUGUGCCCUUUUGGUGCCGAAGUGUCAUUUUGAAAAAAGAGCAAAAUAAAAUAAUAUUUCUAGUA